AUGGACUCACCAACUCUCCAGUCUGCCUCGAGCACCUCGACUCGCAUUCAGACUCACUCUUCAUACACCCCAAGGUCAUCAGUCGACGACCACGGUGCCAUUCAGAAACGAUCCAGCAACGACAAGGGACGAUCAAUCUCAACCUCGCAAGCCGAUCGACUGUUCCACCUGUUAUCCGAACAGGUCAACAGUGCCGAUACUCUGGACACCUGCCCAACAUCAGCUGGUGGUAUUCAGUGGAUUACUCCAGAGAACUCACCACAACUCAACGGCUUUGCUUCAAUCGAACCAAUCAUCGAAUCAUACCAUCAGUGGACGGUACCAACUCCUCCAAGAUCUGAUUCUGGCCUUCCAAGUGUUUCCAUCGAGGAGGACGCCGUCCUCCACAGUGCUUCAGAUUUCCCCGACUUCGAUCAACCUGCUGCCUCUGAGAUGAGCUCAUUGGGCUUCCUUCUUCCCUCAKCGUACGGAGCUUCACCAUAUGAUUCUGACCACAACGGCUACGACAUGGAACAACCUUAUAUGCCACCAAUGCGUGUGUCUCAAGCGCCAUCCACCGGUGCACAUUCAGCAUACACAACGACCUCAUCAUCAGAACCUGCCCUAUACAUUAGCAAAGCUCCAGACGCAUUAUCCUCGCGAAGGCAGUCUGAGCUACCUACGACGACUUCAUCAUCUUACGAGCCAAGCUAUCGAAGGAUCAGCAGUCCGUACGAACCAUCCUCCAGUUCCGCAUACUCCAUGCCCACACGAGACUCCAUUUUAUCGAUCAGCGGCCUUACCCACAGUCCUCUGCCAUCACCACACAUGAGUGCAACAUCUGCGGGACACAUCUCACCCCACUACACCACCAGUGUGCCAAGAUCACCAAACCCUUAUGCAUCCAAUCCUUAUGGAGAGACAUAUGGCACAUCAUCAGCCCCUUCGACAUCACAACUAUAUGCAUCCAGCCAUGCGCAAUACCCGCCAUCACCAUUCGUUGGAAGCAAUACCAGUGAGCCCCCAUCGAAGCGACACAGCAACGAUGGAUCGAUACGAGUCCUCAACCAGCGCCCCAAACCUCAAUGCUGGGAACACGGAUGCAAUGGUCGCCAGUUCUCCACAUUCAGCAACCUACUCAGACAUCAAAGAGAAAAGUCUGGUUCCGCUUCAAAAUCUUACUGCCCAAAGUGUGGUGCAGAGUUUACGAGAACGACAGCAAGGAAUGGACACCUAGCCCACGAUAAGUGUACAAAGCAACAGCGUCGCUCAUCAGAUGUGAGCAAGUGA